AUGGCCAAUUCUCCUCCAUCAUCAAAGAAUCAAUUAGAUGAAGAAGAUUACAUAGACAUUGAAGUGAACUCUUAUUACUCUUACAUUUCAAGUCCUUCUACUAUCUCUUCCCCUCAAAAUAGGGAAUUUGAGUUUCAAAUGGCUUCCAUUACAAAUGACAAAAAAACCACAACUUCUCCUGCUGAUGAACUUUUCUUCAAAGGCAAACUCCUUCCUCUUCACCAAAAAAUACUUCCAACAUAUUCCAUUGAAGAAGAUGAAGAAGAAAGCUUUUGCAUGAACUUCUUUAUCACUAGCAAUAGCAACAGUCCAACUAGACCAUGCAAUAUUUCUACAUCAGAAUAUUGUAGGGUAAGUUUUGAACUAAAUCCAAAUGAGUCCACUAGCUCUAUAGAUGAUAACAAUAGUAGUCCAAAGAAAUUGUGGUCUAAGAAGCUCAAGCUAUUUAAAAGUUCUUUAGUCAACCAAAAGAUCAAAGCUUCAAGGGAAUUUCUCAAAUCUUUAUUUACCAAAUAUUCUUGCAAGAAAACCCCAUUAAAAAAUAAUGGAAUGUGUGGUGCAAGUCCAACACUAUCCAGUAUAAUAAAGAACAUUGAUAGAGCUGAUGAGGAUAAUAAUGUCAAUAAUUAUAUUAGGUCAUUUUCAACUGCAGCAGAAAUCAAGUGGAAUUCUCCAACAAAAAGUUUGUCUUCCUCAUGUGGUGGUUCUACUUCUUUCUCAUCAUCUAAUUGUUCCUUCAACUCCAAUAAUGGUUUUUAUGACUUGAGUUUACUCAAGAGAAGCAAUAGCUUCACUUCAGAGAUGAGUUCAAUUGAGGCAGCUAUUGCUCAUUGUAAAAAAAUUUAA